AUGACCAGGUCAUGUCAGUCCCUCUCUUUUAAAACAAUACACACACCCACUACCUACACCAAUUGGAGCGCCCAGGAUGUCAAUCUAAAGCAAGGGAAAGAGCGUGUUUUAAGUAUACAUCAAAUAGGAUUCUAUAAGGGCAUUACAGACCUAGAGAGCAGUAAGAGCAGUAAUAAGUCUAUAACUAAAGAGAAGAAGAUAACCAAGAAAAGGAGUAUAAAAAAGUGUUUCCUACUAGUUCUAGUAAGAAGAAGAGUAAGAAGGAUUAGAAGGCACCCUAAUAACAGGCGCAAGAAGGCAGAUAAUGGGGAGGAAGAUGACUAUAAUAAUAAUAAUAGCUUUAUUAAUAAUGAGGAUAAGGAGAUUAAGGACCCUCUGAAUCCAAAGCCUAAAGGGAAGAAGGAGGUUAGCCAUAGUAAAUCAAAGGGUAAAAUGCCAGCUAAGGGUAACCUAUCUUUAACAGUGAUAGCAGUAAUAAUAAUACUAGAGAGGGCAGUUCUAGUUAGAAGAGGCAGAAGAAGGGAACUACUAGCUUUCAGCCUUAGAGAGAAAGUCUAG